AUGAGUAAGCAGCUCGAACUGUGUCAGAGCAUCGUGAUUGUGCCUGAUUUCAUACUUGAGCGGCAUGAAGAGGAAGACGCCCUUCUCGGAGUCUUCGAUUGUCAAAAAUGCUUACCCUUCAAGAGGUGUGAACUGUACAAAGUAAUGAAAUUGCUGAUACUCAAGCGAUGCCAGGUAUACGUCACAUUUCUGUCUCCAUUGCUCAAUUACCAUGAUAUUGAUCAUAAUAGGCUUGUUCCCUAUGCGGUAGACCUCGGUCAGGCUUCGAGGACCAAAUACUAUUGGGUUGAGCUUAUGUCGAAUGGCUACGAGAGUUGUCCGGAGUGGCUGAGUACCCCUAGCACUUGGAGACUAUCUAAGGCCGUCUCUGCACGUGGCCACAUUUUGAGCGCAGAGAUGAUGUUUACCGGGGGCAUUGUGAUAGGGAUGUGGUUGCUUGUGAAUUGCGCGUCAAUGGCGAAGACCCAACUUAUCACAGUUAGCCAACCGCCAAACGACACUGAAGGGGGUCAAACCUUAUCUGUCAGCAAUUUGGUGAUAAAGUCUUUGUGGAAGCUUGCACUAAUAUGGUUUCGAAGGAACGUGAAGAGAUUGUUCUUAUACCAGCUGAUUCUUCCAGGGUCAUUCGGAUCGUCAGUUCUUCUUUUCCUUUUGACUCCCUUAGCUAGAAUAUCUCGCUUGAGCCAUGGUACUGCUACGCUAUUGCGCUGCGUACACCAUCUUAUCCAAUGCAUACAUUCCUUUGAGCUAGCCAUACCGGCCGCAUCGCGGUGUGGAAACCGCUCCACAUCGUCACCUCCUGCCCCGUACUUUGCUAUUCCCUACCAAACACUAACAACAGUUUUCGCACUGGAUGCAGAGCCUCACAUCAUCAUCCAGAUACAACGUGAUAUGCAAUGUCAUCGUGUCUGGCCGAGACACUCCACAGAUGGUAAAGUUUAUGGAACGGAAACAAUGUCUUUCCUUGAGCAGACUAUCUACUUCGAUACGCUUAUAUAUUCAGGAAAGAUUUCAAGAAUUACGGUUGGAACUUUAGGACAUGAGAUACAAAAGAUCGAUAAUGUUCAAAAGUAUCCAAAGCGAAACAGCGAGUGUAUUAUUUGUGUCCACUGUGUGACAGUAACAGAAACGACGCCAGCCACCAACCAGUUGGUGACACUGACAUUGCCGAUCAAGGUAAUAGAUGGUACUAUUAGCGAGAACAUCAGCCGUUUUAGCGGUUGGAUUCCACUCAAAAAACCUGACACACUUGCCUACCGCAAUCGUUCCGAACUUUCUCUUGCGACCGUUCUUCCCUAUGGCGAUUCCAGCAAGAUAAGCAUCCAGCUGGUCUUUCGCCUCUGUCCAGAUGCUGUCUUGCGACUCAAGACCAGGAGCUUUGUAGGAUCUGUGAUAUCGGGAUUGAUCUUGUUAGCGGUUGUUACCGCUAAGCGGCUGGAUAUCCAAUACCUCGGAUUGAUAAGAAGAGAUGAAAAGGCCAAUUCCAACCCAAAGAACUUCCCUGUGAAGAUCCCACACAUUGCAUAUCUCAUAUCAUUCUUCAUUUCUCGUCCCUCUAGCAAGCAUCGUCGUAUCUAUUCAGCAUGGCUUCGAGCUCGUCAAGUUAUCAGCUCCUUACACAAGAAUCAGUUGAUGGAACGGCCAUACAUUGCUAAUCAGACAAUCGACUGGCUCAUCAAGAACCGUCUUGUUAAAGGUCAAGCAGAAGGAGAAGUUUCUCGAGCCUGGAACUCCAUUCUCCAGCUUGAAUUCCCCGUAAUGACAGGCUAUGCCACGGGACCAGAAACCCCGAUCAAUGGUCGACGAGCGGACCUAUUUACAGCGCACUUCUUCCUGCUCGUUCAAGGGAAUAUCUCGUUCGGAAUGAAGAGAUGGCUUUGCAUCGCCGCCGCCUGGGCCGGAAUCCGGUUGCAAUCGAUGUGGAAGCGCGCGGUUUUGCAACCGCCAGCACUUGGGGUGCAGUUCUAUUAUUGGAUGCUAGAAGUCAGUGCGUUCCAAUUCAGAUUUGUUACUUGGGAUAAUCUCCACUGCACAAAAGCUGUUUUGGUGUUCGUGAGGCCACUUCGAACUACACGACGGCUUGCACCACAGCUUCAACCUGAACUUACUUCCUACCUUGGCCAUGAAAGCCAGCAAAAAUAUCUAUUGGCAUACCUUGUGAUAGCGCAGAACCACCACCUCUGGACUGUCAUCAAAAUAGCUCGUAGCUACGUCGGGUGUGCGAUGUGUGAAGGCGAAGUCAUACACGGAGAACCUCGCUGGAUGGGUGAAUUUCGAGCUUGUGAAUUGCAAGUGAUUACAAUCCGUAGUCGAUUGCCUCUAAUUCUGGGUAGUCUCUCUGGGGUUGACUCACGGCUUUCCGAUCUUGAUCUUGCACCGCGAGAUGCCGCUGCGCGCUAUGAUGAGCCUGGCAUGGAUUCAAACACUUUGAUUGAUAUUUGGUUCCUCAAAAAAUCGUUUGGGCCACUGCUGCCUGGGGCACCGGGGACACCUCCAAUAUAUUCUCAAAGCGCUUGGGGCUUUCCUUUUCAUACAUCGUGUUGGCAUCUGAUGGUUAAACUAUUCGACUACAAUAUAAACCAACAAUGCCUCUUCGAUGUCCUCCUCUCCCUUCCAAUUCAAGAUGGCUUCCUUGGCUGGGAUCAUGACUAUGAGGGUCAACAGUUCGAAGCUGGCAUUACCCCAGAUGUAGCGUGUGGUAGAUAUUCCGGACAGACAAUGCUCCCAGAAAAAAUACCAAUUUCUCUUCUGACCAAGUACUCUGAUACACCACCGUCGCGUAAAAACUUCUACCAGUAUGCGCCAUACAGUAUUGAAGAUAAUUCAGGGGAAAGAGAUCUUGGGGAUCCAAAAGGCUACCUUGUAUUUGGAUCCGUCUUCUCUCACGUUCCACUGUUCGAGCUGGGCUGGAAGGUUGACCUUUUGGCGACGCAACAAGGACUAAUUGAUAUUUCGGUCUGCUCGUUGGCGCAAUGGUAUAAAAAUAAUCAGGCUUGGAAAUAUGCCCUUCGAAAUGUUCUAGGCCCACUAUGUCCGGUGUUUCCGUGCUGCACGGACGAGGAAUUGAAAGACUAUCUGUUGAACACUCCACAGUACCUAUUCCUUAUCUCUUCUAAUUCAUUGCACUUUGGGACGCAUCUUCCACUGUCCCAGAAUUCGACUUUUGCUUUCGGACCGGCUCUGUGCGCACCGCGGAGUAGUCUACGAAAUUUGUGGGCGCGUCGUAUAUCGGCCUACAGACAUUGCUCCAGAACCAUCUUCGGGCGGGUGCUGGGAACUGGUAACGCUAUGUUAUUUCACUUUAUUGUUUACGGCUAUUUAGCGAAUUGGGCUUGGGGUGAGUUGGAGGUCAAAGGCCAUCGAGUAUUUGAGGAGCGGAAAAACAGAUGA